AUGGGAAAUAUAUGUGAUCCUUAUUGUUCUUGUUCAUGUGAAGAUUAAAAAGUAUUUAGAGAUUGCAGAUAAUGCUUUUAAGAAUGUUUUAAUUGUGAUGGAUGUUAAUAAUUUACAUCUUGUGAUUAUAGAUUAAUGAACCCAUGUUUAAUAAGAGAAGUUUCAAAUAAGGAUCUAAUGUAAAUUUUAAAAGAAUUCGAUUAUUAAGGUGAAAUAGAUGAUUAAUGGUAUGGUGAAAUAUAAUUACUUGAGCACAAAAUUUAAAAGGAAUUAAUUUGUUUAAAAAUAAUAGAAACAAGUAACGAAUAAGAAUUUGAAUAAAUAUAAUAAUCUUUUGUAAGAAGACUUAAAUUAAAUAACGAAAAUAUCGUAAGAUUACGAUAUAUUAUUAGUAAAAGCGUUGAUACAUUUUGUUCUGUAUUAUUUAAAUCCUACCUGUUUUUCGAUUUCAUUAUAACAGAUUUAGAAAAAGAAAUAAAGCACCGUUAAAAAAAAGACAUAUAUUUUACUGAAGAAGAAAUAUGGAAUUUAGUAUAUGGAAUUAUAAAUGGAAUGCGAUAUUUUUCUUCAAUUUCCCUUCCACAUAGUUGCUUACGAACCAAACACAUAUAUGUUUCCUAGACAGGCCAGUAUAAAGUAGCUGAUCCUGGUCUUUUUAAUUACGAGACAUCGUAUGAUAUAGUAUUUAAUAAUAGGGAAGCUAAAAAUAAAGGAAUUUUAUUGAGUCCUGCUUUAAUAUAUGGAUUGGAAAGAAAUAUAGAAAAUCCAAUUCACGAUUAAGUCAAGAGUGAUGUUUUUUGUGCCGGAAUGAUAAUACUGGAAGCUGCGUCUUUAAAAAACUCAAGCAAAUGUCUUGACUUUUAUAAUUAUUAAAUAAUGGAGGAUCUAAUAGAAAAUAGAUUAAAUAAUGUAAAAGAAAAAUACCAUGAUUCUCUUUAUUAUUUGGUAAAAGAAAUGAUAAAUAUAAACGAACUUUAGAGACCUGAUUUUUAGACUCUUUUUGAAAAAAAUACUAGAAAUUUAAGAUUUAAAUAGCAUAUAGUAAAUAAUUUAUAAGCGCAUUUUGCAGCGGCUUCAAAUGAUAAUUUAAGUGAUUCCGUUUCUGUUUUAAAUUAAAGCUUUAUUAGUAAUAAAGGAGGAAAAAAAUAAAACAUUAAUAAUAACUUUAAUAAUAAUUUUAAUAAUAAUAUUGUGGUAAGUAAGCCUUUUGAUAAUAAUGUUUCUAUUAUAGAUAAUACAAAUAAUAUUUUACCUAAUUUUGGUGUUAGUAAUUAAUAAAAUUUUGAUAAUAAUAAUAAUUUUGGUAUAGGACUUGGUUUAGGCCAAUAUUCAAUGCCUGUUCCUCUUAUGUCUAUGAAUAAUAAUUUUUUAUCUGGAUUAGAUUAUGUUGGAAGUACUAUGAAUAAUACUAAAAUUCCAAGAGAAAAAGUAAUUGAAACUUAUAAUAAUGGAUCUAAAUAUGAAGGAGAAGUUAAAAACGGACUCAGAGAUGGAAAAGGAAAAUAUUAUUAUAACAAUGGAGGUUAUUAUGAAGGUUAAUGGAAAGAUGGAUAAAUGAAUGGAUAAGGUACUUUAUAUUUCCCUGAUGGAUAAACAGCCUAUGAUGGCUAAUGGAGAAAUGAUAAGUUUUAAGGAUACGGAGUCCUUUAUAAUAAUACUAUUAUUAACUCAAAUUAAUAUUUUGAUUGUAAAAACUUUAAUAAUUUAGGAGAUUUCUGGACUAAAUAUGAAGGUGAUUUUAAAUAAGAUUAAAAAGAUGGGUUUGGUACUUUAUAUUUGUCUAAUGGCGAAAAAUAUGUUGGAGGAUUCAAAAGUAAUAAAAUUUAGGGUUAAGGUACUUUUUAUACAAUGAAUGGAUAGGUUAUAAAAGGCAGUUGGACUAAUAAUAUUAAAGUCAUAUGA